AUGCCAUCGUCUCACGACCAGCAUCGAGUGCCCCUAGGCGAGCAUCAUCACUUUACUGCAGCCCUUGCUGUCCAAGCCCACGGCCUUCUACAUUCGCCCACGGCCUUCCAUGUGCCGUUAGCGCCAUCUACCGUCGGUCACCGCCUUCCACAGUGGGUCACCGCCUACCAUAGCGAGUCACCGCCUUCCAUUGUUGGUCACUGUGGUUCGUCGUCGUAUCCCAAUCUCAUGAGUGGUGAUGAGGCCCCCGAGGCCGUUGCCAAGUGCGACAAGUCUUGUCACGCCGCUUUCGUGAACGGGACCCGAAGGAGGAAUCCGCGCAUGACGGACCAUGCCAUAAAUAAGGGCCCUAUGAUUUUCCAUUCGGGGGAUGUCAAGCUGGCUCGAUCCGUACGAGACGAAUUCCUGCCAAUCCUCCGAUGCUCUCGGUGGGCAUGUCUUGACAAGCGUCGAGCUCAAGGCAACACGACCAUGGAGAUUUGCCGAGGCGACGCGUUGCUCACGGCCAAGAUUGACACGAACAAUGUGCGGUCAGAGUCCGCGGCCGCGGCCGAACAGCUGCCAGCUAGAUCAGGCCUGGAACAGCAUGUGGAAAAGAAACGGCGCCGCGGCCAAGACGUGCCGGCCGCUGGCCUCUGCGAGCAGUCGUCCGACGUGAACAAUGGCAGGACGGGGAGCAAACACGUUGCCAGAGACCACCAUGCCACUGGCGCUGCGUCAGCAAACUUGUUUCCGGCACCCUGGCCGGUGCUGACGACACGGAUCGAGCCCGACGAAGCAACCAACCGGCAUGUCUUGUUUUGA